CAGAGUUGUUCCUUGUUGCCAAGGGCAGAUAUUCAAACCCUUUGUGGGAAAUGAAAAUGCAACAUUUUCUAGCUUUGUCUGGAUACACUGCUGUGCUGUGUCUUUUGUGAUCCAUGUUAUCUUUUUAAUUGCUUGAAGGCCCCCAACCAGCCAACCAGAGUUAGUGUGCAUUCUGCAUCGUAUCUAAAAAUCAUUUUCCUGAGACGUUGGUAUUUGUUUGAAGUUUUCUUCUGAAAUUAUUGAAAGAAAAGAGGAGCUUUCCCAAAAAUUCUCUUUAGAAGAUACAUGCAUGUUUGAUUCUACUUGUCCAUUUGUUAUCUUUUAAAUUGGUCAUAGGACUAUCCUAUGAGUAGCUUGUUCAUCCUCAGCUCAUGUAAUUGAAUUAUUUUACUUUAUUUUCUACCCAUGAAGUAAGGUUGCAUGAAAUUAUAUCCAGAGAUGGAUUAUUUCAAAGAAUUAUUGACUUUAAGGCUUAAGCAUUUAAAUGCGCUCUCCGUGCUAGUCUUUUCUAUCUUGGGAAAUUUUGUUGGAAAAAUGACAGAAGUUAAUGGGCAAGAUGGAAAGCAAAUUGUGACUUUUUCUUUAAAUAAACUGCUGUAUAAUUAUUUUAAUUUAGUAGUGAGGAAUUUUUGUUGAACCAAGGUGGGGAAGGAAAGUCUCUUGGCAUGUAAGGCUUUGCCAUCAUGGAAGACUUUCUAAUUUGCAUUUUAUGGCCAAUUUAAAUUGAAAGCUAUGUAUUAAUUGCCAAUUUUUAUUUCCAUGCUACAUGCACUUGUGUUAUGUAUGUGUUCUCUUUCUCCUUUGCUUCAGACUUGGUAAUCCCUCUGUAACAAUUAUAUCAAAGAAAAUUUUCUAAAGAAAAUUCAUGCAUUCAACCUUAAACUUCCUGGUUUCAGUGGGGGUGAACAGGAGAGAGGAAGUUGGCCUUUCUUGGGUCAACUUGCACUCUUUUUUUUUUUUUGGUAAAAGGUCAACUUGCACUCUACCUGCUUCUUUAUUUCAUGUUUUUUUGGCUGGUGGCUUCUAAGGAUUAUACAUACUAACAAUACUAACAAACUAUUGAAUUAUCCAAAUUGCCAUUAUACAAAAAAAAAAAAAGAAAAAAGAAAAAAGAAAAGGCAUGCUGAAUGAAAGUGAUAUUUUGGUGCAUAAUUCGGCUUUUGGCAGUUGGAGUACUAGAAUUUAGUUUUGAGAAUAAUAUGGUGACUUUAUUCUUUGUUUGCAGGUUUUGUCAUGUCAUUAAACCAACAGCACAACUGUUUACGGUCUUCCAAUUUGGAUGCCCAGCAAGGUUCACACUAAAGUAGCUGGCGAAAUUAGGUAAACAUUUGACAUGGAUCCUUGAGCUGAGACAAAUAUUUACAAUUUUUUUAUUAAGAUUGAAAAAUCCUGGGCAAGGAUGUACCCGUCAGAGGAAGGAAGUUAGUACAAUGCUUCAGGCACUUUUCUUAUGGCUCUCGGUUUAUAAAUCAUAAUAAUGUACUAAUCUGUAUCAUAACAUGUGUAUGGUUACAUAAUUCAGAAUUUUGUUCUGUCCAUUCAUCUUUAGUAAGUAGUCAAACUUGCAAACUUGAGUUGGUAUAAAUUAUCCAAGUGUUCAUCUGAGGUUAGUAAGUUGUGAAUAUCAUUUACCUCAAUUAAUCCUGGCAUCUUUUGAUGCACUAUUGAUAAAGCUUGAAUUCCUAA